AUGGAGGGUCUCACAUUGAUCCUGCUCUACCUGGCCAUACCGAGCCUUCUCUUCUCUGCCAUUAGGCAGAUUCUAUCAUGGAAGAAGGCUGGGGGUUCCAAAGCCAGGUUUCCUGGACCGCAGCAGUUCCCCAUCGUUGGGCGUGUCCAUGACCUGCCCCGAUUUUCGCUCUGGUUGAAGUUCAAGGAGUGGGCCGACAUAUACGGGCCCAUCUACUACACCAGGGCCCUGAACCAGCCGUUCAUCAUCGUGUCGGACCAGAAGAUUGCGGAAGAGUUGCUCGUUAAGAGGGGCCACAUCUACUCAGGUCGACCUCAGAUCCGAUCCCUCAUCAGACACAAAGAGGGCCCGGCGUAUUCUGCCUUGAUGGACCGCCAUGACAUCUGGAAAACGCAACGCAAGUGGGCGCAUGCCGCCGUGAUGGAGGCGUACCAGCACCACUUCUACGGGCACGUCGAGCGCGAGACGAAGCGCUACCUGGGGCUGGUGCUGCUCGACCCGGCCCGCUUCCUGGACUACACGCGCGAGUACUGCGGGCGCAUCAUGUCGCGGCUGGCGUGGGAUGACGCGACCCAGGGGCGCGCCAACGGCGACAGCGCCGACCAGACGCUGCACUGCAUGAGCGUGUCGGGCCCCAUCACCAACACCAUGACGCCGCUAUGGUACCUGCCGGCGCCGAUCAACCCGUGGUACAACUUCGAGAUCAAGCGCGAGGCCGAGCAGCGCGCCUGGUGGCUGAACAACUUCCGGCUGGCCAAGCACCGCAUGAAGAAUGGCGACCUGCCCAGCGACACGUGGGCGUACCGGUACUUUCAGCAGCUGAAGCGCGAGGGCAACGAGACGCUCGACCAGGCCGAGGACCAGGAGGUGUUUGCGAGCUGCAUGAUCGGGUUCCUGAACCUGGUCGGCGUGGUCACCAUCAGCGGGCCGCUCAAGUUCUUCCUGAUGGCCAUGGCGCUGCACCCGGAGUGGCAGAAGAAGGCCCAGGCCGAGGUGGACCGCGUGUGCGGCGACCGCAUGCCGACGAUAAAAGACUUUGCUGAUCUCCCCACUGUCCGAGCAUGCCUCAAGGAGACCGUCCGGUGGCGGUCGGGCGUGCCGCUGGGCGUCCCCCAUCAAGCGGAGCGCGACGACGAGUAUCGGGGUGUCAAGAUCAAGAAGGGCACCAUCAUCCUCGCGUGCGAAUGGGCCCUCAACCGCGUGCCGGACAAGUACCCGGACGGCGACAACUACCGGCCGGAGCGGUGGCUGGAGCCGGGGUGGCCGACGUACCAGGAGCCGCUGACGCGGUACCCCAACUUCCGCGAGGGGCAGGCGAUGCACACGUUCGGGUGGGGGCGGCGCACCUGCCUGGGGCAGACGAUCGUGGACGACGAGACGUUCGUCUUCGGCGCCGCGGUGCUGUGGGCCUUCGACCUCGCGCAGAAGGUCUGCCCCUGCACCGGCCGCCCCGUGCCCAUCGACUCCCAGGCCACCAACAGCCACGUCAUCCUCGAGCCCCUGCCCUACCAGCUCAGCAUCAAGGUGCGCAGCCGCGAGCGCGCCCGCCACAUCCUCGAUGGCUAUCACGAGGUCAUGGCGGAGCUGAAGGUUUGA